AUGACCACAACCACAACUACAACUUCUACCCGCCUAACUGCCCCAUCGGGUCGACUGUUCUCCCAGGGAACAGAUGUCCAUUACGGCGAUUUCCGCGACGAGCUCAUUCAGAAUGGGUUCGCUGUCAUCAAAGGUGCCGUUCCACGCGACCGGGCCCUGAAAUGCGCAGACCAGAUCUACGAUUGGCUCGAAGGAUUUAAUCUCGGCUUCAAGAGAGAUGACCCUUCAACCAUACACAAAGAUCAUUUGCCCGACAUCAACGAAAAAGGAAUGUGUCUCGGUUACGCGAUCUCCCACGAAUCAUUCACCUGGGCUGUCCGACAAGAACCCGAAGUUAUUAAGACCUUUGAAAAGGUCUACGAUACAGAGGACUUAAUUGUCUCGUUUGAUUCGGUGAAUAUCGGGUUUCCUUCUCGUAAGGAUAUCAAGCCCAAUACUCCGUGGCCUCACCAGGAUCAGGAUCCUGAGAAGCCGGGUUUUAGGUGCUUACAGGGUCUUGUGAAUCUUCUUCCAAAUGGACCUCAGGAUGGUGGUUUGAUUGUCUGCAAGGGUGCGCACUUGUUGAGCGAGGAAUUCCACGAGAUUUUCAAAGAUGAGGAGAAGAUCUGGUCUUGGACGAAGGAGUGGUAUGGGUUUACUGAGGCUGGCCAGAAGUGGUUGAAGGAGAGAGGAUGUGAAUGGAUCAAGGUUGAGGCUGAACCUGGUGAUCUACUUCUGUGGGAUUCGCGAACUCCUCACUAUAACCUAUCGUCGGAAACUUCUCAGCCGAGAUUCUGCGUGUAUACCUGUUUCAUGCCCGUUGCGGAUGCUACCGAGGAGCAGCUGCGGGUUAAGAAGAUGGCUUUUGAGGAAACUAAGAUGACCACCCAUUGGCCAAAUGCGAUGCAUGUCGUUGAUUUGCCAGUUUUCCGGAAUGGAGAGGCUGAUCCUUAUCAGCGCACGAAGCCUCGCGAACCAGUGCAACUCUCGGAUCGGGGAUUCAAGUUGACGGGUAUUCCGUAUCUUGAGCAGAUGGCGUGA